UCUCUCUCUCUCUCUCUCUCUGAUAGUUUCUCUCUCUAGGGUUUUCAGCAUGAGCAGAUCAGGUCAGCCUCCAGAUCUCAAGAAAUACAUGGAUAAGAAACUUCAGAUAAAGCUAAAUGCCAACCGUAUGGUGGUUGGAACACUUCGUGGAUUUGAUCAGUUCAUGAAUCUGGUGAUUGACAACACUGUGGAAGUGAAUGGCAAUGAGAAUACUGAUAUAGGCAUGGUGGUUAUCAGAGGAAACAGUGUGGUCACUGUUGAAGCGCUUGAGCCAGUAAGCAGAAUGCAGUGAUUGCAGUUUUGUUAUUUGUAUUGGUAUGGGUUACUUAUAUAGUGAGCAUGUUUACCAGCCUGGGACAUCAGGCCUGGUAGUAUGUUUGAGAAACACAUUUUCGGUCAGUUUAACGAAGAAUGAUUAGUUUCGGUGUAAUGACUUCUCUAAGUUGUCUUGGUUAAUAUGUUUUGUACUGUACUAAACAUUAGUCGAGCUCGAGCCAAGUAUUAACAAUCUAAAUUCUUUCUUGGUUUAGCUGAAAAUAUGACUUCUACUGUUCUACCUGGAUUGCCUCUGUUCAAGCUGUGUUUCAC